AGCCAUGGGUCGGAGCUGAAGUUUCUAGGCAGUUGGAGGCUGAAGUUGGCCACCUGGGCCCCUCCUCAGGUAGGGUCUCUGGGUAGGAGAGGGGCAGAGGCCUGGGGGGAGGGACAUUGGAGAGGGACAAGGAGGAGGAGAAAGGAGGAGGGAUGGUAAAGGGGAUACAGGGCGCAGGGCAGCUGAGUCAGCGUGAGGCGCAGGUGGAGACAGAAACCUGCAGAGAUGCAGGGAGUCUAAGCAUGCAGAAAGACUAGACUCCAGGGAGGAGACCCAGGGUCCGGGACAGGCCCAGAGAGGGGAGAAUGGGGUCAGAGGCGGGGAAGGAGUGAUGGGCAAGGGAAUGCUGUCCGGACUCAGCCCUCAGAGUGCAGGGGAGGAAGGGGUGACCUCUUGGAAGUGAUGGCAGGCACUGGAGCUCAGAGGAGUGCACGCUGUCCCUCUACCAGCUCUCGGGGUGUCCCACACACACUGCGGAUGGGAUUACCGGAGGGCAAGAUUCAAGGGUCAAGGAUUUCAGAGUGAAUAGAGCCGGAAAGUUCAAGAUUGGAAAGCGCAGAGAAUUUCAGUCUCGGGGCUUGCUUUGCAAUACCCACUUAAACUUCUCGGCCCAGGCCCCGCCCACCCUGCCCACCCCCAUCCCGGAGCUAUCAUGUGGCCCCUAGUGGCUGCCAUCGCUUGCCUGACCGUGACCUUGUCCGGAGGAAUCUCCCGGGACUAUCCCAAGAUUCUCAGUGGGACCAAUGGGACCAACGGUUUUCUCCCAGGUGGCUACACCUGCCUCCCCCACUCUCAGCCUUGGCAGGCAGCUCUACUGGUCCAUGGGCGGCUUCUCUGUGGAGGCGUUCUGGUUCACCCCAAAUGGAUACUCACAGCAGCUCACUGCAGAAAAGAUGGGUACACAGUUCACCUAGGCAAGCAUGCCCUGGGGCGUGUGGAGAACGGCGAGCAGGCAAUGGAGGUGGUCCGCUCUAUCCCCCAUCCUGAAUACCAGGUCAGCCCCACCCACCUGAACCAUGACCAUGACAUCAUGCUUUUGGAGCUGAAGUCCCCAGUCCAGCUCAGCAGCCACAUCCGUACUCUGCCACUCUCCCCGGACGACUGCCUACCCACUGGCACCUGCUGUCGCGUUUCAGGCUGGGGCACCACCACCAGUCCCCAGGUGAAUUACCCUAAAACCCUGCAGUGUGCCAACAUUGAACUGCGCUCAGAUGAGGAGUGCCGGCAGGUGUAUCCCGGGAAGAUCACUGCCAACAUGCUCUGUGCUGGUACCAAAGAAGGCGGGAAGGACUCUUGUGAGGGUGACUCUGGGGGCCCACUAGUCUGCAACGGCAAACUCUAUGGCAUCAUUUCAUGGGGAGAUUUUCCAUGUGGACAGCCCAACCGACCUGGUGUCUACACACGAGUCUCAAAAUAUCUGCGUUGGAUCUGGGAGACCAUCAGGAACACUCCGAAGCAGAGAUGGACAAAGGACAUACAAUAAAACUGGGUUAAUUUGCGUGCCUCCCCCCACCCACUGUGCCUAAGUCACGGUGUGCUCCUCCCUUCUCUGUCCCCUCUGCCUUAAGUGUCCCUUUGGAACCACAGAGUCACAUUCACUACCAGCCACAUCCCCUCUACCAGCCUUGAAACACCUCAAUAACUUGAGUUCUCCAACCCAAAUACCAUCCAAAUCCACAGCUACAUCAUCAUGGCCACCAUAAACUGGAGGUGAUAGUUGGUACCUGCAUAUCCCAACUCUAUUCAUGCUAUUCAGUCCUUUCAUGAACUCCUCUCAGUAGCAUUCUGUAGCUAGACCUUCCCCAAGAGCUUCUUGGAAACCUCAAAAUAUUUACCCCGACAAAACUGUAUAUUUUAUAUUCAAGAAGGUUCUAGACUCCUUGCAUUCUGAAAGCCUCUCUUGUCCAGAAUCUUCUGCCUUAACCACAUCCUAUGCACUUCAAGGUGACUCGCCACAGCUAUUCUAGACCCUCUGCAUAGCUCAUUCCUAUUCCGAUAUCUUGACACAAACUCCAUCCCACAUUCUACAGGGCCCAGCCCCUGUCAACCCUGCCCCUCUCUGAGUCACUGCUAUCGCAGAGCAACAGCUCUCGAGCCAAAGGGCCUCCUUUCUAGCUCUUAUCACCCCACAAGUCUCCUUUUAUCUCCCCUAUGAACAUCCUUACCUAAUCAACAGUCCUUGUUUUCAUAUCUUUGCCUAUGACCCUGCAUCUGCUUAAUGCUAAUCCCUGCUUUGAAUAAGUCAUAAAACUCACAACUUCCUUGCUUCCUUUUUUUGUUUCGUUUUGUUUCGUUUUGUUUCGUUUUGUUUUGUUUUGUUUUGCAUGAGACAUGGUCUUGCUCGGCAGCCUGAGCUAGCCUGGAAUCCUCCUGACCAUCCUCCUGCCUCACCCUGCAAAGUGUGAGUAUGCCACCCACACCCAGCUCUCAGCUCUCUUCCUUUACAAUGGGUUCAUAAUUUACCUGAGAGCUUUGUCACAAGGGUAGAUUCUAAGCUAGAAAGAAAAAGCAAGCAUUUCCUAAAAUGGGAGGUGUUCCUGAAUGUGGUGGCACACAUCUGUUAUGCCAGCACUUGAGAGACUGAGGCAGGAGGAUGUUUGAAACCAGCCUGAGCUACAAAGAGAACCCCUGUCUCAAACAAUAAUAGCAGAGGCCAGUGAGAAGGCUCAGUAGUAAAGGCAUUUGCUACCAAGCCUGACAGUUUGAAUUUGAGUCUCCAUGGUAUUCAUGGUGGCAAGAGAAAACCAACUCCUGCAAGUUGUCCUCAGACUUCCACACAGGUGUUCUGGUGCACAUCCAGCGCGCACACACACACACACACACACACACACACACACAUUUAAAAGAAGGGCUAGAGAGAUGGCUCACUGGUUAAGAACAAGGAGACCCAGGUUCCAGCCCCCACAUGGUAGCUCAUACUGACUUUUAACCCAAGUUCUAGGGGGUCCAACAGUCAUGCACAUGGUAUACAUACAUGCAAGCAGGCAAAAAAUUCAUACAUCUAAAAUAAAGCUAGUUUAAUAAAAAAAA